AAGUGUACAGUCGCUGGCGCUGUCACUAAAGAACUUCAUUCUUAUUUCACCGCCGUUCAUUUCAUAGCGGUUUGCGUUCCUGCCUUUCUCGUAUUGCAGACAAAGAUACAAAUCACUCGUGUAUUUAUACAUCUACGCACGAAAAGCCGCAGAAAUGAGCGAGGAAGAAGAUGCGUUGGUGAAAACUAGACAUGCAUUUGAAGAUCUGUGUCGAGCUCUGAAUAUGGAUGAGGAGUCGAGUAACGGGGCAUGGAGGAGUUAUGAAAAUAUCAGCAAAAAUUACACUCUGGAGGGCAGUGAACUGCACUGGCUGGCAUGUGCUCUGUAUAUGGCGUGCCGCUCAUCGGUGCCCACUAUAGGUAAAGGCACGGCGGAGGGCAACUAUGUGUCUCUGACCAGGAUCCUGCGCUCUUCACAGCAGAGCCUGAUUGAGUUUUUCAAUAAAAUGAAGAAAUGGCAGGACAUGGCCAACCUGCCCAAGGAGUUCCAGCAGAGCACAGAGAAACUAGAGAGGAACUUCACCGUCACGUCCGUCAUCUUUAAGAAAUACGUGCCCUUAUUUAAAGACAUCUUCAAGGCGCCCACAGAUGAAUUACCCAGAAUGCACAGAGGCAGGAAACAGAGACGACAUCCCUGCACCGUCACUGAGGUCUUCAACUUCUGCUGGAUCCUGUUCAUACACGCUAGAGGAAACUUCCCAAUGAUCAGUGAUGAUCUGGUGAACUCGUAUCAUCUGCUCCUCUGUGCUCUGGAUCUGGUUUACUGCAACACUCUCCUGUGCUCUAGUCGUAAAGAUCUGCUCAACCUGACUUUUAAAGGACUGCCUGAGGACUUCAACAGUAAAGAUUAUAAGCCUGGCCCAGGUUCAUUAUGUUUCAUAGAGAAGCUGUGUGAGCUUCAUGAUGGCCUGGUGCUGGAGGCCAAAGGAGCAAAGGAGCAUUUCUGGAAACCCUUCAUUAAGAAACUCUUUGAGCGCAAGGUUUUGAAGGGGAAAGAAGACACACUGACAGGGUUUUUGGAGCCAAUAAAUUUUGGUGACAGUCUUGCUUCUCUGAACCGUGUGUAUGAGGAACACGUGUUAUCAUCUGGUUCUCUGGAUGAGAGAAUAUUUCUGGGAGAAGCUGCCAGAGAAGACAUUGGCACCCCAGGACCUUGUUUGUGUGAAGGGAUAGAGAACCAGGAACGACUGACUAACCCCCUCCAGAACUCAAUGACAGCAUCUGCUCUGAAAGUAUCCACUCCUUUGACAGGAAGGAGGUACGUGCCGGCAAACAGUGUUGGUACCCCCGUUUCCAUGGCAAUGCAGAGUGUGGGCCGUCUGCACACUCUGCUGACAGGAUUCAAAUACAGACCCAGAAUAAGACACAGAGACAUAUUCAGAUCAUGUGUAAGAGACCCCAGUGAGUCCAUAGCAGCCAGACUGAAGGAGAUGUCAGAGAUUUUUCUUCAGUAUUAUGAGAGAACAGGAAAAGAUAACAAGUCUCUGGCGAGAGAUGUUGCAGUGAAGUAUUUUUGCUUGGCUGAGGCACUUUAUUACAAAUCACUGGAAGUGAUCAUCAACCAGGAGAAGAAACGACUUGGAGAUAUUGACCUGUCUGGCAUUCUAGAGCAAGAUAUAUUUCAACGGUCACUGGUCGUCUGCUGCCUGGAGAUCGUCAUCUUCUCGUAUCGACCACCGGGAGAGUUUCCCAGAGUCCUGCAAAUCUUUGACCUCCCCGCUUAUCACUUUUAUAAGGUGAUUGAGGUGUUGGUGAGGGCAGAGGAGGGUCUUUUCCGGGAGGUAGUCAAACAUCUGAACCAUGUUGAGGAGCAGGUAUUGGAAUCUUUGGCAUGGAAAGGAAACUCCCCACUGUGGUUGAGCAUCCGAGAGGCCAAGAACUGCGUUCCUGCCUGCCAGGAGGUAAUGCCCCCUCAACACCUGGAGGACAGUUCAGAAAGCAGCACACACACUCCCGACAAGAGUGAGUUCAGCAGUAAUAUCACAGGAGCAGUAAAAGGUGUUUCUCCAUCCCCUACAUCUCUCCAUGACCGCUACAGCUCGCCCCCUACUGGCACGGUCUGUCGCCGCCUCUUUGUCGAUGGAAAUUCAACCUCUGAGCCUGCUCAACCUGUCAAAGUGGCCCAGCCGUCUCUGGUCAGCCCCAUCCCAGCUGGACAGACUGUGGUCACAAUGGCAACAGCUACUGUCACAGCAAACAAUGGCCAGACAGUCACCAUACCUGUUCAAGGAAUAGCAAAUGAGAGUGGUGGCAUCACAUUCAUCCCGGUGCAGGUGAGCGUGACGGGUCAGAGUGGGGGGGCACUGCCAACGCUCAAUGCCCAGACUCUGACGGGCACCCUGACCGGCCAACAGCUGACGGCAACGCCCACAGGCACAGUGCAGAACAGCCCAAGCCCUGCCAAACUGGACAGGAAGGUCCCUCAUCAGGGAACACCCACCAAACGAGCACAGAAGACCGGCUCCCUUUGCCUGUUCUUCCGCAAGGUAUAUCACCUUGCUAGUGUGCGUCUCAGAGACUUAUGUGCUAAACUGGACAUCAGCGCAGAUCUGCGCAUGAAAAUCUGGACAUGUUUUGAGUAUUCUCUAGUGCACUGCACUGAUCUCAUGAUGGACCGACAUCUGGACCAGCUCCUCAUGUGUGCCAUCUAUGUCAUGACUAAGGUGACAAAAGAGGAUAAGUCCUUUCAGAACAUCAUGAAGUGCUACAGAUCUCAACCUCAGGCCAGCAGCAGUGUGUACAGGAGUGUGCUGAUCUCUGGAAGAAAGAGACGCCACUCGGGAAACAAUGAAAACACCCGCAGACAGUGCUCACCCACAGAAGGAGGACAAGAACAAGCCAGCGGUGAGAGCAGUCCUGUGUCCAUGCGCUCCAGCAGCACUCUGCCCAUUCCCCAGCCCAGCAGUGCCCCAUCCACCCCGACCCGGGCCCCUGGGGGCCCCCAAGAGCAGGGGGAGGAGAGGGGAGACCUCAUCCGUUUUUACAACCAUGUCUACAUCAAACAGAUCAAACGGUUCGCUCUGCGUUACUCCAGCAACUCGCCAAAAAACAGGGCUGAAGCUCCUCCCAUCUGUCCGUAUCCGUCACUCCGCAUUGGCUCUCCACGCCGGGUGCUCCUGUCCCACAAUCACUCCAUCUACAUCUCUCCACACAAGACCGGCAGCCCAAUUUCUCCUCGAGACAAGAUCUUCUACUACGUCAGCUCCAGCCCAUCCAACCGGCUGCGAGAAAUUAACAGCAUGAUCCGAACGGGUGAGACGCCCACCAAGAAGCGAAGUAUCGCCCCGGAGGAAGAGCAGCAGUCUCCCGCCAAAAGGCUCUGCCAGGAGAAUCAGACGGCUCUGCUCAGACGCCUGCAGGAUGUGGCCAACGACCGAAGCUCCUCCCGCUGAUGAGUCCACAACAUCAACACCUGUAAAGAUACAAGUCGGCCAAAAUGUCAGUCUCGAAAUGUCCUGUCCACACAGCAGCUUAGAUGGAGGCUCAGAUACUCGAAUAAUCAUGUUUGAAUGUGCAACUCCAGUCAAGCCUGUAUUCUAGAGAGCACAGCAGUCAGGUUCUGGAAGCAAAAAUGCCAUUCAUGUUAUCCACAGGGAAACGGAAUUUUAACAAUAACUUAUAAACCUUUAAAGAGAAAUCGACUUAACACUCAGAAGUUGUUAACUGAUGGUAUAUGCCUUUGUUAAAGCCAUUAGUUUGCAUUAUUUCAACUUAUGUUUUAUACAAUCAUGUUUAACGGUUGAAUCCCUGGUGAAAAACUACAUUACCCAUGAUACUGUACAGAAAACUCCACCAAAGAGUCGCAACCAGCAAAUCGCCCCAAGUGAGCAAAUUCUGAAACUUCUGUCAUAAUUUUUUGUGUUAAUUUCGUUAACGAAACGAUGACAAAAAAUGUUCGUUGACGAGCUUUUUUCCCAUGACUAAGAUGUAAUAAAGACGAGACGAUAAUAAGGUCAAUAAACUAUAACUAUGACAAUAUCAACAUGCAAUUUCAUUGACGAAAUAAGACAAGACUAAAACUAGGCUAAAAUGUUGAGACUUUUAGUCGACUAAAACUUGACUAAAACUAAGUAGGAUACGCUUGACUAAAUAUGAUAAAAACUAACAAGGACAUUUAAACAUGGGAGUAAGACUAAGACUAAAUUGAAAAUAUCUGACUAAAUGAACACUAAUUUGCACACCCUCAUGUCGUUACACACUUGUAUGAGUUUCUCUCUUCUGUUGAACACAGAGGACAUUCUGAAGAAUACUGGUAGUCAAUGGCUACCGUCUACUGUUUGCUCACCAACAUUCUUCACAAUAUCUUUCUUUGUGUUCAGCAGAAGAAAGAAACUCAUACAGGUUUGAAACAACAGGAGCGCGAGGAAAUGAUGACAAGAGUUUUCAUUUUUGGGUGAACUAUCCCUUCAAGCUAAGUGGGGGUUUAACUUUUAAUCUUGCUGUAGUAUUGUUGUCAUGGAGACACUGUGUGUUUCCAAAUAUGGUAAGGGACGUAACAUUUAGGUCACAUGCUUGAGGUAUUCGGCCAAUCACAGCGCACUGGAUAGCUGGCCAAUCAGAGCACAGCUUUUCAGAACGAAAAGCUUGUAAAAAUCAAUACGUUUCAGAAAGGCAGGACAGAGAAGUGCAACAAUAAUGUAUGAUAUGUGGAAAAUCAUUUGUUUUUUUUAACCUGCGUCACUGCGUAAACAUUUUAUUACACCAAAUACACCAAAUAAUGUUAUUUUUAGCAACGUAAUAUGACCCAUUUAAAUCCAUGAUAUCUUGUGCUUCUCUGCAUGUCGUGUUUGGGGCUCCUUUGGACAAGAGCUGUGUGAAAAUUUGUCAAAAUAUCUAAUUUUGUGUUAAACAAAAAGAAAGUAUGGGAUUUGAACGACAUGAUCAUUUCAUUUUUGGAAGAAACAUUGCUUUAAAGCCAUUUUUAAUAAACAGACAGGCUACAAAAAGCUUAUCUAAUCAAUCACAAUCAAGCUGAUCCACCGCGAUCAAACAGUGAUCUCAAAAGAAUAUUUUGUUGACAGAGUUUGUUUAAAAUGCUCGGAUGUGUCAUAAGACUGAAGGAGAUUUGAAGCACUUAACGACAGAUUUGUUUGCAGAUGAGUUUACCGUGUGUGUUUUAUAAAGAGUUAUUUUUCAUAAAGAGUUUUAUAAUGUAUAGAGAUGUAUGUGAACUCGAUGUGUCUGUGGAUUUGCUGUCUUGUGUGUGUGUAAAGCUGGUUUAUAUAUUUAUGCUGUUUUUCUAACUGUAGUUCGUUAGACGAAUAACAUCAGGUAACAGUCAUGUUAUUAGUAGAAGUUGAGUGCUUUUUAAUGUAUUUAUUUGCCUUGUUAUUCUCUGGAUGUAUCAGAUGUGUUAGAAUCAUAUUUCCUCUUCAGUUUUGAAAGGAAUUUAUUCAAUAGUUUCUGCUUGUUAACAUAAGAUCAUGUUUCCUUCCCUCAUUUCUGAAAAAUGACGUGUUUGUUGUAAGUGCCUUUUUCCUGAACCUUUUGCCUUUCCUGAUAAUCUCUCUGCUGUACUGAGUCUAACACAGCGGCCCAGCAUUAAAUUAUCCUUCCUAUAUUAAUAAACAUUUUUUAAGAAAA